GCCCAGCGCUUCCUGGGGCAAAGUCCCGGGGACGAGGCCAGGGACAAGGUGCGCCCGGAGAGUCGCUCUGCUCGGGAGCCCAGUGGGGAGCGUCCCAGCCGAUGUAGGGGGGAGAGCGACUGGGCUCAGCAUGGCUGUGCCUGGCCCCCUCCCCCUCCUCCUGCUGGGGGUCUUCGCCAUCCCAGGGGGCUGUUCCUACCCAGGCCCGCACUCGCUGCGCUAUUUCUACACGGCGGUGUCGGAGCCCGGCCCGGGGCUGCCCCAGUUCACCGUGGUCGGGUACCUGGACGACCAGCUCUUCUUCCAUUUCGACAGCGAGGGGAAGGUGGCCCAGCCCCGCGCCCCCUGGAUCCAGGCCGAGGGGCCCGAGUACUGGGACCGGCAGACCUGGAUCGCCAAGGGCUGGCAGGAGGCCUUCAACGGCAACGUCCGCAUCGCCAUGGAGCGCUACAACCAGAGCGGGGGCCAGCACACCUUCCAGUACAUGUACGGCUGCCAGCGGCGGGCGGACGGCGGCGCGGGGGGCUUCCGGCAGUACGGCUACGACGGGCGGGAUUUCCUCUCCUAUGACACCCGCACCCACACCUGGGUGGCGCCCAGCAAGCAGGCCGAGGUCACCAAGGGGAAGAUGGAGGCCGACCGGCACCUGAGCCAGCAGCAGCGGGACUAUCUGGAGCGGAAAUGCGUCGAGUGGCUGCAGAAAUACCUGGACUACGGGAAGGAGACGCUGCAGAGGAGAGAGCGCCCGGCCGUGCGGGUCACCGGCAGAGACGCCCCCGGCAGCCCCACCACCCUCUGCUGCCGGGCCCACGGCUUCUACCCCCGGGACAUCGCCCUGAGCUGGCUGCGACACGGGGGGAGCAGCGAGCAGCAGACGUGGCGAGGGGGGGUCCUGCCCAACGGGGACGGGACCUACCACGCCUGGGCCACGGUGGAGAUCGACCCCCGGGAGAGAGGCCUGUACCGCUGCCGUGUGGAGCACGAGAGCCUGGCCGAGCCGCUCGUCACCGUGUGGGAGCCGCCGUCCGAGUCGCUGCUGGUCCCGGUGGUGGCGGGCGUGAUCCUGGCUCUGGGGGCGGUCGCCGUGCUGGUCGGCCUGGCCUGGAGGAGGAGGCAGUCAGGGCCCAAGGCGGAUCUGUACUCGCCGGCGCCGGCCAGCGAGCAUGGAUCGGACAGCUCCAUCACCGCUCUAACGUAGCCGGUCGGAGCCGGAGGAGCCUCCAGACUGUGAAGACAUGGACUGAUCGGGGGGGCUCCAGCCCCCCGGCCCCUCCUCAGCAUUAUCUCCCUGUUACUCCUGACGUAGGGCCUCGGAGCUGUGCCUGGUGAACAGCCCCACGUCUCCAGAACCUCCCGCCUCCCUGGGACCCACUGCCGGGGCUGCCUGCCCCGUGCUCUGCGUGUCGGACGCGCACUGGGCAGCCCCGAUGGGCACGGCCGGCCCCCUUCGCUGCACGGUUUAUUUCAUGUGUGAGCCCCUCGGGGCAGGGACCGCGGCCUCCUUAUCUCUGGGGUGCACGGAGCCCCCGCCCAGCAGCCACUGGAGGAGGGCCGGGCACGUGGAAAACCGCAAUUUUUGGCCCCAAACUGAACACUUCUGGCUGAAAACCACCAAAUUCCACAUGGCGAAGCUGCCACUGCUGCCCGGGGGAGCUGGAGUUUGGGUGCCCCGUGCUCCCACUCACUGUAGGCCGGGCUCCCUCGGUGCAUCAUGGGAGUCCCUGCUGGUGGGAGCAGUGUAGUCUGGGAGCCAGGACUCCUGGGUCCUAUUCCCAACUCUGCCGCUGGCUCGCUGUGAGGCCCUGAGUGAUUCCCGUCCCCGCACUGUGCCUCAGUUCCCCCCUCUUGAAAACAGGGAGAAAACUUUACUUCCUGGCCUGGGGGGGGCUUGUGAGGGUGCCUGUUACAGGGCCUUGUCCCACAGGGGUGUGUGUGUGUGUGUGUUUCUCUCUCUCUCUGUUUAAAGCACUUUGAAGACAGUUUGUCACAGCACCCAGCAGUGGAGGGAGGAGGGCUCUGGUGCUGGCAGCACUGGGUGGACCCGCAGAACCGGGGUCAGACAUUUCCCUGGCUCUGACCCGCUGCCGUCCCUACCCCAGCCCCAGGCAGAAACUCCUCGCUGGGCCAUGUGCGUUGUCCCAGGGAUACAGACACGGCCCUUUCUGUGCUGCCCUGGGAGUGCGUCCGGCGCGGGGGCUCCGUGGACCCUGGGCCUGCAGCUGCGGGUCUGUCCCGUGUCUGCGGCUGGGGGUCUGGCAGCUGCUGUGUGUGUUCUCGUCGGCGUGAGACGGACCCGCCAGAGACUGUUACGCUGCUGUUAAAAUCAGCUUUUCAUUCACUAUAAACGUCGACACGAAAUUAACCAAAGUGGAAACGACCCAUUUUUACCUCGUGGAAAUGAACCGUUCGGCCGUGUGAGGCGAUAAUGAGGGACGGUUUGUUUUGCUGUUUUCCCACCACACAGUUCACUGAAAUCGCCCUGUUCCCAGGAGUGUUUCCAUUUUCGUUGACCGCAUUUCUCAAUGCACCAAAUCUUUGUAAGAUGUUUUCUAGCCCUGCUGGCACCUGGCAAACGCCACCCCCCUAGGGGCUCAAACCCGGAGGGUGUUUAAACAGAACCGGGAGUUUGAAAAUCCUCCGUGGUUUUUUUUAAGCUGAUCUCAAAUUUUCGGGGGCCCAGCUGGUGAUUUCCAACCCCUCGGAGUUACGGAUAUAAGCGUUCCUCCUCGGCGACCCCCCAGCUGAGCUUUCAGGGCGGGCUCCUCAGUGGUGGAGAUCAGCGUGGCCAUGCCGGGGCGAUGGAGCUGAGUUACCCCAGCGGGAGCGCUGGCCCCUCGGUGCUGGUGAUGCUCCGUCUCCCCUGCGCGGCGUGUGCAGAGCUGUGUGUGCUGAGGGGCGCCAUUGCAGGCUGGCUUUGAGGUUGGGUUUUCCUCCCCCAGGCCUGCUCGUCGCUCCCCAUCACCCAGCCUGUGACGAAGUGGGGAAUUUUUUUGUUUUUUCCAACACACCUGUGACAAAGUGGAAGUGUUCUCAAUGUUUUCUCUGAAUCCUGUGUGGGUGCCUCAGUCUCCCCUCUGCAGUUCUUAAGUAUCUAGGUGGUGGGAUAAGGGGGUGUGAUUGCUGCAGAGGAAGGGGCCAGUGCACCUAAAUGC